ACUAGCUGUUACUCAUCUGCCGGUGCUUCGGACAUCAUCUGCUAAACGACUUUGUUUGCUCCGCACCAACCACGCUGGCUAAUCAUUAACUGGUGCCGACAGCCACAGUGAGUACAGUGUCGGCAUUCGUUACAACAUCAUGUCUCCUAGAAGAAUCUGUAUUUCAAGUUUACUGUUAGAGGUUAUCGUGAUAAUCUCUUGUUUAAGCACGGGGGCGAACGCCGCCGCCGACGACGACGGUACUCUCUCUAGUCUCAGACAAUUGUACGGAUCUCCACCAUAUUUGAAGGUUAGUAAUGGCACUGCACAGGCAAUACCUGGUGAUACGAUAGAGGAGAGCCUACAACCAAAAGCAAGGGACCUCCGUGCCAAAAAGCUUAAAAAGAAACUAGGUAAAGACUUCGACCCAAAUUAUAUGUCUGUUGAAGAACCAGACGAAAAGGUCGCCCCAAUGACAACAUCUGUGCAAAACACUUUACAAAACCAGGCUACUGGUUUAGACUUUACGUAUACCAACGAGAAUGGGGAAACCGUUACCAUGGAUGGACAAACGACAGAACGCUUGCAACACUGGCUCGUUCAACAAGCAUCGUGUUCUGUCAGACACGAGUGGUUGGACGUCGGAUUGCUCUUCUGGCCCCGCUGGAUCAAACAUGGUGAGUGUGUACAACAAGACUGUUCCUGGCCACACGGAAUGUCAUGCGAACCGGGACCAGCCACCUAUAUCCAACUCCUUCGCUGGUACUGCCGUGGAAAGAAGAGCAAGCGUUCUCAAGAUCCUCCUAUUCAACCAAGUGGUCGUAUUACCAGGGAAGCGAAAAAAAAAUCCAAAUCGAAUAAGAUGAAGUGCAAAUGGAUCAAAGUUCCGUACCCAAUAGCCGCUGAAUGUGUGUGCCAGUGUGCAGGGAAAAACUGAUUCAACUUAGUAACAGCUGACGUAGCGUAACUUGGGUUAGGCUAUUUUCCUAUUAUUUCCCCUCAAAUCGAACUUCGCUGGCUUGUAUGAGAGUAUGCAUGCAAAGUGUAUCUAUUUUCGAUGAUUACAUCUCCUUCUUAAUAUCAAUGUAGUUAAAGAGUACGUCGCUAUUUUACGUGUGGAUGGCCUUCUAACAACCUCGCAUGUAUUUGCAAUGGAAAUGGUGCUGUGGUUCAAAGGAAAUUCUAACUUGAAACAGUGACAAUUAGGUAACACUUCAGAAAUAUUUCGAUCUAUUGAGAAACUUAUCUGUGACAAAACUUACGCCGUCCUAUGUGAAAAUAGGUAACAUUAAAAGCUUAUAACAGUAAGAGAGUACUAAUAAUAGUCCAUGCAUUAUGCACUACUUCUAAACAGGACUAGCCAAUAAAUUCAAGUUUCAUAGACCAAUUCGUUUCCCCUGAGUUUGAUUAAAUCCAGUGCAAUGUUUAUGUUGUAGUCUUCAAGAGUGCAAACACUGUCACAAAUGUUAUGUUAUGACUGAUUACAUAUGUGCUUGCGUCAGUAGGAUGGAAGAAAGCAGUAUACUAUGAUGUGGAUUAUAUAUUAAUGUUUAUAUCGUACUAGUAAAUUGGCUUUGAACUUUUGACCUUUACAACGAAUUUAACAGAUUGUCAUUUUUCGCUUUUUGCAUUUCGGCUGGCGGCGAGUAUAAUCAAUUGUACCAUGAGUUGUCAAGUAAAAGGUUGGAAGAAGCUUAUUUUAACAUAAUGAUAAGUGUCGCUUGUUGAAGCCUCGCGAGUAGAAGAAUUUUAUAUAGACACGCGUGGAAUCGCUAGUCACGUUUUGCAUUCCUUGUACUUUAUAAACACUAUUUACAAGAAUAUUUUCCAUAAGUUGUGCAUACAGAUAUAAUUCAAAGUGUUGUGCUUUAUCAGUAAAAUACGCUAUAUUCAGAA